GGUCUAAAUAGUUUCACCUCCUAUGACUAUCGUGGAAGUACAAUUCAAAGUGCCAAUGGUUGCCGACGUCACGUCAUUCACGGAUAUGUCAGUGAAUGUCCCAUCUUCCUUGCCGUGGAUAGCAGCCAGCAUUCAGUUAUUUUUCUGGAAUGGACACCGAAGCUUGCUACUUGCUGGCUGAUUUAAGGUGCUCUCAGGAUUCGCUGGGGACUUCUGAGCUACUAAUGCUCAGGGAUUUAGUGUCCUGAAGAACUCUUUAAUCCUCUGCUUCAUGAACCCACCCUAAGCCAGGGCCUUCUGUCACAUCCCAAGAGUUACAGGCAGUUUGAAAGCUCUGCUUUCUGCUUGACCUUUGAAAGUCCUAUGAGGGACCAUUGACGGUUUCCUCAGUAAUUUCUACCAGGAUGUAUUUCCUUCUCAUCACUCCGCCUCAGGUAGUGCCCUGAAAGUUAUCCUUUCUGAACAACAGCAGCAGCACCAUGGGUGACAUCAACCAAGAUGCCGUGGAGAAAUACCUGGAGGAGAACCCUCAGUUUGCCAAGGAGUACUUUGACAAGAAGCUGCGGGUGGAGGUGCUGGGAGAAAUCUUCAAGAACAGCCAGGUGCCAGUCCAGUCCAGCAUGUCCUUUCCGGAGCUGACCCAGGUGGAGGAGUCGGCCCUGUGCUUGGAGCUGCUGUGGACCGUGCAGGAAGAGGGGGGCACCCCGGAGCAGGGGGUUCACAGGGCCCUGCAGAGACUGGCCCACCUGCUCCAGGCUGACCGCUGCAGCAUGUUCCUGUGCCGGGCCCGGAACGGCACACCUGAGGUGGCUUCCAGGCUGCUGGAUGUCACCCCCACCUCCAAGUUUGAGGACAACCUGGUGGGCCCUGAAAAAGAAGUUGUGUUUCCAUUGGACAUAGGGAUAGUGGGUUGGGCUGCUCACACGAAGAAAACGCAUAAUGUCCCAGAUGUGAAAAAGAACAGUCAUUUUUCUGACUUCAUGGACAAGCAAACUGGGUAUGUCACUAAGAACCUGCUGGCAACCCCGAUCGUGAUGGGCAAGGAGGUUCUUGCUGUGAUCGUGGCACUUAACAAAGUAAAUGCAUCUGAAUUUUCCAAACAGGAUGAAGAGGUCUUUUCCAAAUACCUCAACUUUGUGUCUGUCAUCCUAAAGCUUCAUCAUACCACCUACAUGUACAAUAUUGAGUCCCGAAGAAGCCAGAUCCUUAUGUGGUCAGCCAAUAAAGUAUUUGAAGAACUCACAGAUGUUGAGCGACAGUUUCACAAAGCGCUCUACACGGUUAGAACAUACCUGAACUGUGAAAGAUACUCCAUUGGACUGCUGGACAUGAACAAAGAGAAGGAAUUCUACGAUGAAUGGCCAAUCAAGCUUGGAGAAGUAGAGCCUUAUAAAGGUCCAAAGACACCUGAUGGCAGGGAAGUCAACUUUUAUAAAAUCAUUGAUUACAUUUUACAUGGAAAAGAAGAGAUCAAAGUGAUUCCGACGCCUCCUGCAGACCACUGGACACUCAUUAGUGGGUUGCCAACAUAUGUUGCUGAAAAUGGAUUUAUCUGUAACAUGAUGAAUGCCCCUGCAGAUGAAUACUUCACAUUUCAGAAAGGACCUGUAGAUGAAACUGGUUGGGUCAUUAAGAAUGUUUUGUCCCUGCCUAUUGUCAACAAGAAAGAAGACAUUGUGGGAGUGGCUACAUUUUACAACAGGAAGGAUGGAAAACCUUUCGAUGAGCAUGAUGAAUACAUUACUGAGACUCUCACACAAUUUCUUGGAUGGUCUCUUUUAAAUACUGACACCUAUGAAAAGAUGAAUAAGCUGGAAAACAGAAAGGACAUAGCUCAGGAAAUGCUCAUGAACCACACCAAAGCCACUCCUGAAGAAAUUAAGUCCAUCUUGAAAUUUCAAGAGAAGUUAAAUGUUGAUGUAAUUGACGAAUGUGAAGAAAAACAACUUGUUGCAAUUUUGAAAGAGGACUUGCCAGACCCACGCUCAGUAGAACUGUACGAAUUCCGCUUCAGUGACUUCCCCAUUACAGAGCAUGGAUUGAUUAAAUGUGGAAUACGACUGUUUUUUGAAAUAAAUGUGGUGGAGAAAUUCAAAGUACCCGUAGAGGUUCUUACCAGAUGGAUGUACACCGUAAGGAAAGGAUACCGCGCUGUCACUUACCACAACUGGCGGCAUGGGUUCAAUGUGGGACAGACCAUGUUUACUUUGCUGAUGACAGGAAGAUUAAAGAAAUACUACACAGAUCUCGAAGCCUUUGCCAUGCUCGCUGCUGCUUUCUGCCAUGAUAUUGACCACAGAGGCACCAAUAAUUUGUACCAGAUGAAAUCCACAUCUCCAUUAGCAAGACUUCAUGGUUCUUCUAUUUUGGAGAGGCACCACCUGGAGUACAGUAAGACUCUGUUGCAGGAUGAGAGUUUAAACAUCUUCCAGAACCUAAAUAAGCGGCAGUUUGAAACAGUUAUUCAUUUGUUUGAGGUCGCAAUAAUAGCAACUGACCUGGCUUUAUAUUUCAAGAAGAGAACCAUGUUUCAAAAAAUUGUUGAUGCCUGUGAACAAAUGCAAACGGAAGAAGAAGCCAUCAAAUAUGUAACUGUUGAUCCAACCAAAAAAGAGAUUAUCAUGGCAAUGAUGAUGACUGCAUGUGACUUGUCUGCUAUCACCAAACCCUGGGAGGUACAAAGUCAGGUAGCACUUAUGGUUGCAAAUGAAUUUUGGGAACAAGGAGAUCUGGAGAGAACAGUGUUGCAGCAACAACCUAUUCCUAUGAUGGACAGAAACAAAAAAGAUGAACUACCUAAACUUCAAGUUGGAUUUAUCGAUUUUGUUUGUACUUUUGUAUAUAAGGAGUUCUCACGGUUUCACAAAGAAAUCACACCUAUGCUGAGUGGUCUUCAGAAUAACAGAGUAGAAUGGAAAUCCCUUGCUGAUGAGUAUGAUGCAAAGAUGAAGGUCCUUGAAGAGGAGGCAAAAAAGCAAGAAGAAGGAGCCGAAAAAGCUGCUGAAGAUGCAGGAGGUGGUGAUGAUAAGAAGUCCAAAACAUGUUUAAUGUUGUAAUAUAAUCUAAUCGGUCUAAACUUCAAGUAUCAUUGUAUCUUUGAAGAAAACCAGAAAAUAUUCAAAAGAACUUCAGCAAAUCAUCAAGUAACAGAGUAAGAGGAUCUUCAGAAAAACUACCCUUUUACUAUGAGGAAACUAUAUAUUGCUAGCCCGAACACCCCAAGGGCAAAAUAAAGUUCAACAAAAGUGCAAAAUAUGACAAAAAUGGGUACAUUUUUGGUGCCAAUUUAUUUUAAAUUAAAAAAUAUGCAAUCCUGAAACUAGUCACAAAUUAUUUUUUCAAACAUUAAUUGUAUUUAUUUGCUAAGGAUGCCAUAACAAAGUACCACAGACUGGGUGCUUAACCAAUAAAAAUGUAUUUUCUCACAGUCUUGGGGGCUGGAAGUUCAAGAUCAAGGAGUUGGCAGGAUUGGUGUCUUGUGAGGCCUCUCAACUUGGUUUGCAGAUGGCCAUCUUCUCCCUGUGUCUUUACAUGGUCAUCCCUCUGUGUGACUGUGUCCUAAUCUCCUUUUCUUAUUAGGACUCCAGUAGGAUUGGAUUAGGGCCCACGCUCGUGACCUCAUUUUAGUCUUAAAUCACCUCAUUAAUGGCCUUAUCUCCAAAUACAGUCACCUUCUGAAGUAAUGGGAAUUACGACUUAAACAUAUGAAAUAGGUGGGGGGUGGGUGAGACACAAUUCACCCAUAACAUUUAUAAUUGUGAUUCAUAUCUCAAGCCACUCCCUGAACUAAAAUCUUUCAAUAUGUCUUAAUGAAAGGGUAAAUGCAAUAUAGAAUGUAUAGUGUUAUAAAUAUGGUAUAGAAAACAAAGUAAUGAUGUCAUUUUUAUUCAGUGUUAUUCCAUCUGAAAUGCUUAUCUCUUUCCUCUACUUUUACUCUUGAUAAUAGCAUGAGGAAGACCAAACCAUUUUUUGGCAGUUUAUUAAAACUAUGCCUCUGUCCUAUACUCCUCCUUCAAAGUUUGAAAUCAAUUAUUUUAUGUAUAACUAAGAACAUUUUUUAUGGUUCAGAACUAUUCAUUAAAAGGAUUAUCAAAGCACAAGAUACAAACUGGAUAAUCCCAAUGCAAGUUAAAGCAGCUAAUGAAUAUUAUGCAUUAAGAAGCAUGUAAUUGGAUUAUGCAAGAACUUCCUUACCAAAAACAGUGUGGAAAAACUUCAGCUAAGAUUACUUUCUAAAAAUGAUUAAUAGAACUACCUAGUAGGCAUUCUAAAUAUUAAACUGUUAAGAGAAACUAAAGACAAUCAGCUACUUCCACUGCAUGGUGUAUGUCUGUCUGGAUAUCACAGCAAUUUCAGAUUUCUUCCUUUACUUAGCUAUAAUCAUAGAUAAAAUUAGGAAAUAGAAAUACUAUAGUUAUGCCAUAUGUUUUGUCAGCUUUUUUUUGUUAAAAGCCAUCUACAUUCUAACGAAUCAAAGAUCAAUAAACCUUUAUCUUUUGUAAUGAACCUAUAUCAAUUUUGAGCAGCCAAGAAAUGAAUCACCAUUUGUCUGACUUUUACAAGUUAGGUACUUAGAAUUGUAAGGCUGCUUCUCUCACAUUAGAAUGUAAAGUUCAUGAGGAAAGAUUUUUGUCUGUUUUGUCUGUUUUGUUCACAGCUCUAUCUUGGCACCUAGAGCAGUGCCUGGCACAAGGUAGGCACUCAGUAAUAUGAAUGAAUACUAUUGUGAGUAAAUAUUACAACAGAUAUAAAUAAGGUCCGACAGUAAGUCAUAUGUACACUCAAAUGAGUGUUUAUUAAAGUAAUCAACUAGCUAAGUGAUGCAUGCUCCCUUAUUUCCAUUGCUUAAGAUAAUUUUGAAACUCCACUUCCAGAAUCACUAUUAUUUUAAAAGCCAAGUAAGAAACUUUAUAUUCCUUUAGCCCUAUGUAAUUUUGGACUCCAAAAUAUCAGUCAGCUCAAACAACUUCCCCUCCUUAGUCACCAGAAAUUGUUUUAAGGGUAGAGGUGUCCACCACUGAAGGUCAGCUAAAUACAUGAACUCUGCAUAAGAGCAAGUAGAAGAAAGCAUAACUUCAACACCCCAGACCAAUGGUCUGCUGACCACCACUGACUGCACCAUAGCAAAGUUUGAGAUAGAUAUGUAGGAGGAUUACUUUUUAAAUCAUGUUAGAGGCCUUUUCAAGACUCCCGAAAAACAUGACCCCCAUUAUCUGUCAUUGUGUAUGAAUAGAUUAAAUGUUGUGAUUUUAUAUAAAUUUAUAAAUGAGCCUGAUGUCAUAAACCAUACUUGAAAUACCAAAUAUACUGAUCUAUUUUUAAAGGGUCUUAUAUAUUCUUCCUAGUUAAAUUCCUAAUUUAAUUUUGCAGGAAUUUUAUUUCCCGACGACCACUAAACAAAGGACAUAUUUUACCAUAAGAAUGUUUAACUGCAUAUAUUCUACCACGGAUAUCAAUCUUGCUGCUGGACAUUUCAAGCACUUUUUCCUCAGAAAUGUAGAUUCGUUUUUAUAUACUAUAAGUAGUGAGGUGAAAAAAAUCAGUUUAUUCAAGUGAGGGGACUAUCAAACAAUGUUAAAUACUGAUAAACCCAACACUGAUUAACUUUUCUGAAAGAGGUUCAGAAAUGAUUGCAUAAUUACUUCCCAGCUAGUUCCUUUACGGACAAGCCCCGCUCAGUGCCUAACACAUAAUAGAAGCCUGAUAAAUAUUUGUGGAAUAAAUAACAACUUUUUAAUAAAAUGAAAAUACCUGAUAAUAAUCAUUUUAAAAUAAGAUACCAAAUUACUUAUUUUGGAGUUUAAUGCCAAUCAUUCCAUGUUUAAAUCUUCAAUAAAAUACUUGCUUAUGUUAUGA